AUGAAUGCAACCACUACCACUCCUACUCAAAAAGAAUCUUUUCAAAGCCGCAGAUUGACUUCCAACAAUGCAACAAUUGAUGAAAUAAACACUAUAAGGAAACGUUUAGCUACAGACUCUAAAACACCAACAGAAUACACCCUUCAUAUAUUAUUUACACAAUUCGUCAGACAUGCCGAAAGAAAACUUAAUGUUUGUUUGACAUAUCCCCUAAAUACAGAGCCUCCAAUUGUUGAUUUGUUGGCUGAAGGUGUUGACCCGCAAUUCGAUAAAAUAAUAGCAUCACUUGGGUACAUUUCCAAAAACAACCCAAAACCAGUUAUUGAUUCAGUAAUGUUUUGGAGGAAGUCUAAAUCAGAAGUUGCUGCAAUGGCUGCUGAUGCUGCGGAAAAGGCAAUAAUUGCUGCCAAAGAACAUAAGGAAUCUACAACAUUCCGUAAACAUACCCAUAGUUCAAGUUCGGUCAGCAGAUUCUCUCAUAAAAGAAACAAUUCUUCAAAAUCAACUGUCAAUGUUACUGAUUCAAGAUCAGGAUACUUGGAACAACAGGUACAAUCUUCACGUGAAACUGCUAUUCAAGGUGAUCGAAAGUCAUUGAUUAGUAUUUACAUUCUUUGUCGGGUUUUAAUCGAAGUUGUGAAACAAUUGAAUUCAGACUCAACUGGUGAGGAUUUGGGUGAUAAAUUGGAGGAGAUUGUAUUUUCACAAUUGAGAAGUACCGACCCUAUUCUCAUCUCAUCAUCAAUUAUUAGAUCAGCUAAUUGGAAUUUGUUUGCAGAAUUAUUAGGGUACAUGUCAGAUAAAAGAUUUUUAAGCGUAAGUGAUAGAUUCAUUGCUGAUUUGGAGAAAAUACCAGCUGUGGUACCCAAAGAUAUUGAACCAUCAAUACAUUUGUUAAUUCAUGGUAUGAGAUAUUUGAAACUUAAGAAUUAUCCCUUGGAAGAUUUCGAAGAAAGUGCUGACUUCAUUCAAUCGAUAGCGAAAUUUUUCAGCAAGACCAAAAGUCAUUCAAUCAAAGUGGCAUAUUCUCAAGUUUUGUCACAUAUUUUAUUGCCAUUAGCUGAAUCAUUAACUGCUGAGGUUAAUCAUCCAACAUGGGCAGAAGCUGUCAACACCAUUUACAAAACCUGUGAAACAAUAGAGCUAAACCCAAAGAGUUGGUUAACUAAUUUGACAUUGAUUACAUCUGUGUUAUGUGUUUCUCCUAGUGAUUUAUUUUUAUCUCAGUGGUAUGAUCUGGUUGAAUCCAAUAUAAGGAACUUAAAGUCCAAGCACGCUACACUUGAAGAGAGAGUCACUAUUACUACAUGUAUUGCAAGAUUGAUUUGGGUUUACAUCUUUAGAUGUACUGAAACAUUGAACAACACAACAAGAAAGAUUGAAUCCAUCAUGAAGUCAAUGUUUUUAGGUAAAGGAAAACAGUCUUGGUUGGUGUCUGAUGCUUCGUUGAUUUUGCCGUGUGUUCAAAUAUUCAGAGCUAUUGGGUUUGCUGCUUAUAAUCAAACUGUUGAGAAUUUUGUAAUUCCCUUGUUGAGAUCGGCUUUUAGCGGACACAGUUUAGAUAGCGUCCAACACGAGAAGGUUGUUUUAGCAGUGAAGGCUUAUACUGCUAUGCUGGCUGAUAAAGAGAGACCCAACUUUCCAGAAGAUAAUGAUAGCAUUGCUCAGCCUGAUGUUGAUAUUGACAUCAAAUCUGGUAACCAUGAUGAGAUUUGCAAGUACGUUGAUUCACUACUUUUCCUAUUGGAUUCAUCAAUUGGUGCUAGUUAUGACCAACAGUCUGAACAACAACAGACACCAAGUACCCCAUUUUACUACAGUACCAAGUCGCCCUUCAGCAGCUUUAGAUUCGGUUCAGAGAUGUCGGUUCAACUUAGUAAAAGUCUUCAUAUUGAAUUAUUUGCAGUUGUCUUGGAAUCUGUCCCAUGGUGUGCUUCAGGCCCUUCGCGCAAGACUGUUGAAUUACUUUGUCGUAACUCACUGAAUAGUGAUUUCAGAGUAUCAAGUGCUGCUUCAAGUUCCUUGAAAAUUUUAGCAUCGAGAAAGAGUCCUAAUGGGCUAAUUACUUCAUUUGCAAAAUUCGCAUUCAAUUUUAGUGAAAGAUCAGGGUAUUCACAGAGUCACGUCAUCUCAAAAGAGUUACUCAGAUUAUAUUUGGAUCUGCUACAAUGUUGGCUUUCUUCUAUACAGAAACGGAAAGAGGAAGAUGGUGAUGGGAUGGAUGAUUGCGAAAAUAAGAUUGUUGAUGAGCUUCAAUGGAAGAAUACCAUCACAGUUAUAGAGGAAGUUGAAGGACAUGGUUUGUUUUUCCUAGCUUCACAAGAUUUUGAAAUUCGGAAACUAGGUCUGGACAUAUUGAGAAUCACAGAGAGUUUUGAUCAGGCGUUGUAUGAACAAACAAAGAAGACUAAAGAUACACACUCAAGAUCUCACUCCAAGUUUGCUGCUGAUAUUGGAACCAGAGUUAUUUUCAUUUUACAAACCACUGAUUUUUUCAAACUUAUUAGCUCACAAAAGCAAUAUUUAAGUGUUGCUGAACGUUCCAGAUUGUCAAAGUUGAAUCAGAAGCAAAGAAGAGAUGUUUUGAUUAGGUUAGCGGAAUCUGACUAUGGCGUGGAUUCUGCUUUAUGGUUUAGAGUUUUUCCAAAGUUCUUGAAUGUCUGUUUUGAAAGAUGUCCAAUUACUAUGGCGUUGUGUCGGUCAAUUGUUUGCACUAGACUUGUUCAAAUCCAUGAGUUUAUUUUGGAUUUUGCUGAGACUCCACGCACUUCACAAAAGUUGACUUAUGGCCUACCUGAGGUUUUGAUAGAGCAAUGGAAACUAUAUUUGAUUGUUGCAUGCACCUCAUUAACUUCAACUAGUGAGCAAAGGCUUCACAUCCCUGCUAAUUAUUCACAUGGGAAAAAGAAAUCCCAACAGCUGCUAACAAUUCAACACAGUACUAUCACAAGUGCUCGAAGUGUGUUCAAAUUGACUUUGAAUUUAUUGAAUGGCUACAAUCAAGCAGUUAGAGAUGCUAUCAUUACUGGGUUGAGCUGCAUGAAUAUCAACAUUUUCAGAACUUUUAUCGAAUGUGUUGAGCCAAUUUUUGCCCAAUGGGAACAAGAGCUUGGGAAACAAAUACAUUCUGAUGACAGCAAGCUGAGAAUAGAAGUCACACACGUUUUGAAUAUUGUUUCCAGGUUUAUGGAAGAAGAUGUCAUUGCUCAAGAUGAGUGGAUUGUGGACAAGUUGGUUAGUUUCAUCAAAAUUAUCAAGUCAUUUUUGUCACAAUCAGAGGUUCAACAUAGUUUUGAAUUUCAAAAACUUCGUCGCUAUUUUUGUGGGUUGUUAGAAAAUGUUUAUAAUGGUAUUCAAAAAACUGGAAAUUCUGGGAAAUGGUUACCUUUUGAAGCCAGAGUUGCUUGUUUUACAUAUCUUGAAGAAUGGUGUGGAUAUGGUAAAUAUUCAGCAAUUUCCAAGCAAAGGUAUGCUCAAAUGAGUAAACAUGUUACAAAUUCACAAGAACAUGCUGCUCUUAAUUCUGCAAUCGAAUUUGAAAGACAAAUUUUAAGUAUAGCUGCUACAAAUGCAAUGGUCGCAUUGUUGAACGGAAAGAUUCAUGAACUUAGGGGCCAAACCAUGUUGAAAUUUGAUUUACCAGGUUUGCUUUCUUGGAUUGAUUUGUUGUUUGGUUCUUCAAAUGAAAGGAUUUACUCCUUGGCUAAAAAGGCAUUGCACAGUUUAUUUAAAUUCAACACUUCUGAUACAGAGUUAUAUCAUGAAGUUUUCAAAAAAUGCAUUUUUGACCAGAAAAUUUCCAUCAUUGAAAAUUAUUAUGUCAUCAUUACUGAGGCUCUACUAGAGGCAAAUGAAUACCCUAUCAAAAGACACCAGGUUUUGUUGCUUGGAUUCUAUGGAUGUGGGUGCAAUAAUUAUGAAAUUCGUACAGCUGCUAUGAAACUUCUUAUUGAUGCAGAGAAAAAAUUAUUCGGCACUGAGCUUGUGAAUUCUUUCACUGAGAGAGUUAUGAACAAAAAUAAAACCAUUUACAAGAGAGCAUCACUUGAUAUAUCUGCUUAUUUUGCUUCAUCCUAUCCAGAAGAAAACAUAUUUUUGAUUUCUGAAUUAACAAUGUACUUUCAUAUUGUCAGCUUUGAGUCUAGAAGAGAUAUAUUAACUGUUUUGAUUCCUUGGUUACAAACAGUUGAGUUGCAUGUCGCUGAUGAUGAUAUAGAUAUUCAGUCGUAUAUGGUUUUGAGUAACUUAUUUGAGAUAACCAUUAGGUUUUCUGACUCUAUUCCAAAUGAAAUUGAAGCUCUUUGGAUAUCUUUAGGUAAUGGUGCAAAUUUUGCUAACAUUGAUGCCAUUUUGAGAUUUUCAGUUAGAGCAAGUUUAUUAAAAAGAAAUCCAUUAUUUGUUGAAUUUGCAAGUAAAGUUCUUGUUUACUUGUCAGGGACUAGUUUGAAUUUAGCUGAUUCCUUGGUUUCAUUUAUUGAGCCAAAAGCAAUGGUUCCACCUCAAAUUUCAAAUCUUGAACUUCCAACAAAUGAUAUUGGUCUGCCACACGUUGCAAAUAUUUGGAAGACUUUGAACUACUCAGGAAAAGAUUCAGUCUUUUCAUUAGGUCAACUCUCAUUGAUCUUUCUCUCUGAUUUAUUGGUUAUCCCUAAAGAGUCAUUAACCCCCAAGAUCCCAUUGUUAUUACAUACUUCAUUUGUUUUACUGGAUCACUAUUUACCUGUUGUACAAGAAUCUGCUGCUAAGGUGAUAAUUUAUCUUUUGAGUACUGUGAAUUCACAUUCAAAAUUAUCCGAAACAAAAGCGUUGAUUAGAAAGAAUCAUAAGUCAUUGUGGAUUUAUGAUGAUUUGAAUCAUGAUAAAAGUGGAGCUCGGUCACCAAAGGAUAUGGAUCUGCUGGUCAGAAAUACAUUAGAAAUUUUUGGUGCUACUUAUCCAAAUAUUCAGCAGGAAUGGGGUAGAGUUGCCUUAUCUUGGGCCACAACAUGUGCUGUUAGACAUAUUGCGUGUCGUUCAUUUCAAGUUUUCCGUUCACUUUUGUCAUUUUUGGAUCAAUCUAUGCUCAAAGAUAUGUUGCAUCGUCUUUCAAAUACCAUCUCAGAUGAAACUCAUGAUAUUCAAGGUUUUGCUAUGCAAAUUUUGAUGACAUUGAAUGCUAUUACUUCUGAAUUAGAUGCUGAAAAAUUGAUUGAUUUUCCUCAACUUUUCUGGGUCACUGUUGCUUCUUUGAAUACAAUCAAUGAACAUGAAUAUGUGGAGUUGUUAUCUGUUUUAUCUAAGUUCUUGUCUAAGAUUGAUUUGGAUUCUGAGGAUACCGUGUCAUGCUUGGUUUCGACGUUCCCUUCAAACUGGGAAGGUAAAUUCGAAGGCUUGCAGCAAAUAAUUAUGAUUGGGUUAAGAUCUUCUGUCUCAUUGGAUGCAUCAUUACAGCUGCUUGAUAGAUUGAAUAAAUUGAAAGAUAGUGAGGUCAUUGCUGGUGAAUCAAGAUUAUUAUUUGCUUUAUUGGCCAAUAUUCCUAGAUUCUCUCAUGCAUUAGAGGAGGCUGAACUAACACCACAAAUUCUGGAAUCUGCAAAGACUUUGAGUGAAAUGGCUCUUGCAAAAAACCAACCAAACUUGGCUCGUAUUAUUGAUUCUUUUGCUAAAAACAGGUUUAGAUCCAAAAAUGACUUUUUAAGUCAAACUAUCAAUUUCAUUUCUGAGAAUUUCCUUGGUGAAUACAGUGGCCAAACUGUGAUUUUCUUGUUAGGCCUACUAUCCAAUAAGAUCGAUUGGGUCAAGAUUGAAACAAUGAAAGUGCUCAAGUUAUUAUUCCCUAAAAUUGAUUUGUCGGAACCCCAAUUUCAAGGAUGUGGUGCUGAUCUUAUUUCUCCAUUACUUAGAUUAUUACUUACACCUUAUGCCCAACAAGCUUUGGAAGUUCUUGAUGAAACUACAAGUAUUUCUGGUAGUAAAUUGGAUAAAGAUAUCUUGAGAAUGAGUUUAGGUAAUAAAACUAUAAGAAAAGAUUAUGAGAAGACUGCUACAUUAUUUGGUAUUCCUGAGGAGACUGGUUGGUCAAUUCCAAUGCCUGCUAUCACAGCUGCAACAACAAGAAAUAAUGUUCACGCAGUAUUCUCCACCUGCAGAACUGUUGUUGAAUCAGAAAUUCCAGAGACUGAACAACAGCAAGAACAGAUUAAAUUCCAUAUGGAAGAUUAUGCUUAUGGACAAUCAUCAUCCAAUAAUGAGUUCCAGGAUAGUGCAUCAGUUGCUGAAGAGAAUGAUGGUUCGUUAAGUCACAUGUGGGCAGAAUUGGAUAACUUGGAUUCAUUUUUCACAAAGGAUAAUUUUUCAGAAAAUACUAGUAACAAUGGUGCUGGUCAUCAUUUCCGUUCUACUUCAGUCGAUACAAGAUAUAGUAAUAAUGAUCAAUUAGCUCCUUAUGAAUCUGCUCCACAAAUUUAUGAUAAAAAAGUUUCGGUCAUCUUAAAUAGAAGUUUGGCAAGAACUCAAUCAAAUACUUCAUUCAAAACUUCACUUGCUGAUUCAUUUGGCAAUAGCCCAAUUAGUGAGAAUCGUCAUUUGAGUGGGAUUUCAUCCCGUGAAGCAUUAAUGAGAUCUAGAGGGGAGAUGUCAAGUGGUCCAAAUAGUGGAUCAUCCACACCAACUUCACCAAAUUUUUCAAAAGAAGAUUUAUUCAGAUUUGAAGGAUUACUAGCCCAACCUCCACCAAAGCCAAAAAAGAGAUUGAGUAAUAACAAACAGCAACAGAAACAAUGGCCAAUCCUAAGAAUGCAGCACAAACUUGAUAUCCAGCUUUAUAAUGAGGAGCUUUUGAAGCUGGGAAUAUAA